GAACUUAGGCUUAAUCCACGUUUUCACUCAUGUUAGGAGUAACUAAAGUAUGUAAUUUUUGUUCCUUAUUUGGAUAUAAAGUGGAAACUUAUGAUAAAUUAUUUGUGUAUUGAGUUUAUAAUACAUAUAAGCAUUAUAGUGUCACAUUAUGUAAUCGGUCUUUUUAGUUCGGCCCCUGUGAAGAAUGGCUUGCAGACUGAUUGUUCAGCUCUUUUGAAUUCAGGGAUGGCAUCAAACAAUCGAAAGCUGAAGGGAAAAAGAUACCUAAGAACGAAUGAUGGACCAAAUGAUAAUGAUCAACAAAAAAUGCAGAAUGUGUUGGAUGGUCACACUACUGCUACCUUUUUUGAUAACAAUAUCAAUCGUCGAAUCAAAUCAAGAAGAUGGAUAGAAGUGUCUGAAGCGGUGGUUGAGGAUAGCCGGGUAAAGCAACACAACGAUGAUGGUAUCAAUGUAAUACAACAUCGAGAUAAGCGAGUUAGAAAUAAUCGAGAGACGUCAAAUGUGACAAUGAAGCGAACUACUGUUACUGAGGCUAAUUCGAAUGGUAAUGGUCAGGGUGGAACUGGCGAACAUUUACAUUCCUUCGGUCAAGCAAGCUAUCAAAGCACUAGACAAGAUGUGGGAUUGAUUGACAUUGAGAAAGAAAGAAAGAAAGAGAGGUGAGGAACAAUGUCCUCCCGAUUUGGACAGUGCCAGGAAUGAACUGGACAUAGCCAGAAAAUACUACAAAUGGAGCAAAAGAAACACCACAAAGGUGAGAGAAGAGCAGCAGAUUCUUGAGGAUGCUGAAAAGGAUGAAGGAGAAAGGACCUCCCCCCAACUCUUAGGCCUUCAAUCUAGAUCUUCAGGGAGGCCCUAUCCAAAUCAAGCUUCGUAACCAACUGAGCUUGGCCGGAGAAAUCGAAAUCAAAGAGAGUAAAGAUUGAUCUGUUUGAAAUUUGUAUUUAACUGAAAUUGAUCUAUUUGAAAUUUGUAUCUAGCUCAUCCAAUCCAACUACCAAUUGUUUUUUAACAUGUAUCUAUUCUUUUCCAACAUUAUGGUUAUGAUCCAUAUCCCGCAGCAAAGCGCGGGCAAACCUUGCUAGUA